AUGAAUGUUAACCUUUUUUUCGUAUUGGCGUGGAACGUCCUUGUCAUCUUUAAGAUCUCAACAGUUUCUAGUGCCUUGAAAAGAGCUCUAAAAGCUCAGAACGCCGAGAGCAGGUUUCUCAUCGAAAGAAUUGGUUUGAAAGCCGCUUAUUCCAUCAAACCGCCUCACAUUAAGUCAUCACCUCUGGAGAGAAGACGAAAGCAACACUCAAAAGAAAAAUCUCACUUUCAAACAUUAUCCGGUCAUGUGGGAGUAAAGAGGCAAUUUAAUACACAAAACAGUUUGAUUCCACGACCUUUUGAUGUAUCUUCAGUGAAAGCCUGUAAAACCCAAAUAGAUCUUGGAUUCCUCAUAGACGGCUCUGGAAGCAUAGAGAUGUACGGGAAAGGGAAUUUUCAAAGAUGUUUGGAUUUUGUGAAAUCUCUUACGAAAGCUUUUGUCGUUUCUCCCACGGACACAAGAGUUGGAGCAAUUGUAUUUUCGUCUCGAAGUGAACUUCAAUUUGACUUCAAACAAUAUAGCACGCAGCAAGAUUUAGAAGCUGCGAUAACUCGCAUAAAAUAUCCAGGUUACAGGACAAAAACUGGCGCCGCACUCACAAUGGCGGCAGACAAACUAUUUAAUGACGUUAGACAAGGCGUGCCACGCGUCCUUGUUGUCCUAACUGACGGCGCAUCCAACGACGACGUAGUUAAACCGUCCGAAGAACUUAGAAACGCAGGGGUGGUUAUAUUCUCUGUUGGCCUGGGGACACAUUUUAGAUUAGCACAACUAAAUGCGAUGGCAAGUGAGCCAAAAGCGGAACACGUGUUUACAGUUGAUUUCCCCCAAAUGGACACAAUAGUUACAGCAAUGCAGAAAACGUUGUGCAAAGCUGCUGUAAAGGCUGCCGCCGAGGGAACAAUAAGAGACUUGCAGAGGGAUUUCAUGAAGAGCCUUGCCAACCGACGAGGCGGUGGUUUUUCAAUGUCUCAGACCACUACUACAAGUGGAGGCAGCUCCUCCGGAGGAAUGUCUGCUGGAGGUGGUUCUGUUUCUGGUUCCGUUCAUGGAGGCUCUGCUAGUGCAUCAGGUGCAGCCGGAGGCGGCGCUGGGGGAGCUGCUGGUGCCUCGGGAGGAGGAGGAUGUGAUCUUGCCUUCAUGGUGGAUAUUUCAUCAAGUAUUGGUGGCGAUGCAAACUUUCAACUCGUCAUGAAAUUUGUCAUUAGCAUUUUUCACUCAUUCACUCUUGGCGGUGGAAUACGCUAUGGUCUAGUCACGUUUGGAAGCAGUGCUAAGGUGGUCUUUGGAUUUACCCAGUAUUCCUCAAUCUCAGAGAUAGACUCGGCAGUUGGCAGUGUGACAUUAAUGAGCGGUGGCUGUGCUGCAGGUGCUGCACUUUCUCAGUGCAAGUCAUCUCUCUUCGAGGGUGACGCCGGAGGGAAGGCACGUGUCCUGAUUGUUCUAAUUGCUGGAAGUUCUACUGAUGACGUUUCAAGCGCCGCUGGCUCAUUGAAAACAGCCGGAGUCAAAAUAAUUGCUGUUGGAAUGGGCAGCUCAUUUGUUCAGUCACAACUUACUUCCAUGGCAUUCUCUUCAUCCUAUGUCCUUACCGCCGCUUCGUAUGGAGGUUUAGCUGGCAUUACCGGAAGCAUUACCUCACUAAUAUCUCAAGCCGGCGGCAUUACCGCUAGUGGAGGUGCCGGAGGUGCCGGAGGUUCCUGUGAUCUGGCCUUCAUGUUGGAUGCCUCGGACAGCAUUCAAGGGGAAGCAAACUUCAAGUUGUGUAUUGAAUUCAUCUUGGUAAUAUUUCGUGCCUUUGGUAUGAGUGGCGGUAUACGCUUUGCUUUAGUCCUAUUUGGAAGUUCAGCUCAAGUUGCAUUUGAUUUCAGCAAAUAUUCUUCAAUCUCUGAAGUUGAAACGGCCCUUGGUCAGGUUAAACUCGUCGGAGGAUCUUGUGCCGCGGGAGCAGCGCUUUCCACAUGUCAAUCGUCUUUGUUUGCAACUGGGGCGAGUGUUUCUGCGCGCCUUCUUGUAGUAAUGAUGGCAGGAAAAUCAACAGACUCCGUCUCAAGCUCAUCUGGUGCACUGAAACAAAGUGGUAUUAAAAUCCUAUGUCUUGGAAUGGGAGGAAGCGUCGAUGCGGGUCAGAUGAAAGAAAUGGCUUCCUCCGCCGAGUAUUUUGUCUCAGUAGGAUCGUUUGCAGAACUCUCUGGGUUCUCGCAGCAGUUUAUCAGCUUAAUUGGAUCAGCUGGAGGAAUUUCAGCCAGCGGAGCAGCUGGAGGAGCCGCCGGUGCAGCUGGAGGCGCCGCCGGAGGAGCAGCUGGAGGAGCUGCCGGUGCAGCUGGAGGUGCCGCCGGAGGAGCAGCUGGAGGAGCAGCUGGAGGAGCAGCUGGAGGAGCAGCUGGAGGAGCAGCUGGAGGAGCAGCUGGAGGAGCAGCUGGAGGAGCAGCUGGAGGAGCCGCCGGUGGAACAGCUGGAGGAGCUGCCGGUGGAGCUGGAGGAGCCGCCGGAGGAUUAGCUGGAGGAUUAGCUGGAGGAGCAGCUGGAGGAGCAGCUGGAGGAGCCGCCGGAACAGUUGGAGGAGCCGCCGGUGCAGCUGGCGGUUUAAGUGCUGGAGGAGCAGCUGGAGGAGCAGCUGGAGGAGCAGCUGGGGGAACAGCUGGGGGAACAGCAGGAGCAGUCGAUCUGGCUUUCAUGCUUGAUGCCUCUAGCAGUGUAGGUGAUGAUGCAAAUUUCCAGCGGUGUCUAAGCUUUGUUAGAGCAAUCUACAGCGGCGUUACCAUUUCAUCAGCGGCAUUUCGCAUAGGAUUGGUCUUGUUUGGCGCGUCCGCCUCGGUGUCGUUUGACUUCAGCAAGUACAACUCAGCAUCUGAAAUUGACGCAGUUAUUAUAGGAAUGAAAAUGAUUGGUGGAGCGUGUGCUGCAGGUCAAGGUUUAAGUACAUGUCAAACUCAAUUAUUCGCCCAAUCACGUCAAAAUGCUAUCAAAGUCCUGUUGGUGAUGAUCGCUGGAAGAUCAACAGAUGACGUGUCAGGCGUAGCAGGAGCUUUGAAAAGUUCUGGGGUCAAGAUCUUCUGUCUCGGGAUAGGAAGUUCUAUUGAAAGAACUCAGCUGAUAUCAAUGGCUAACUCAGAAUCGUACAUUCAAGUAGCACCCGACUAUAGUCAGCUAGUAUCAUUGUCCAGUCAUUUUUUAUCACUGCUUGGUCAGGUAGCUGCCGCCGGAGGGAUGGCAGGUGGAGCUGGCGCUGCCGGAGCAGCAGGGGGAAUUUCAGGUGGGAUUGCUGGUGGAGCUGGAGGAAUGGGCGUUGGAGGAUCCAUUGGAGCAGGAGGAGUUGCAGGUGGAGUCGGUGGAAUGGGUGUUGGAGGCUCCACAGGGGCAGUCGGUGGUGCCAUGGGUGGAGGAGGAGGUGAUGCCAUGGCUGAGGUAAGAAAACCACGAAGAUCUGCAAUAUACUCUGUCGAAAACAACAUAUCGAUAUCCAAUGGAACAGAGAGACUAAUAUUUGACCGGGGAAAGGUGAAUGUCACCAAUGCAAACAACUCUCUCAAACAUCCAGACACGAGGAAACAUACGGUCCUUCGGAUAACAGUUGUAAAACACGGUCGAAACCAAAGUGGCGAAACACCCCAAGUUCUGUCUGUAACCAAUGAUUUUAAACAGGGAAAUAUGAGAGAGACUGGAGCUAAUGCCAGGAGCAAAUCUUUAGAUAUCAUGAAGGGAGCAAACGUUCCCAUUUCCUUUCAAGUCAGCGGUAGGGGAUCGGGCGAAAAGGACGUCUUACUUAACGACUUAUACGGCGGCAAGCAAAUUUCUUUUGAUGGGCGUUCUUCAAAUGAAAGCAGUGAACACGUACCACAACAAAAAGAGGCUUCUGAUUUAUCAGCUCAAAACCCGGAUAAGCAGGAAGGUAAAACAGAUUCGAAGGUGUUAUUGGAGGCGAAGUUGAAUCCGCUUAGAAUAGGUAUUCAGCUGGAUGGUGACAAAACUAGCAAAGAAGAGUCCACUAAUCAGCCUACUGAAAGCAUUUCUCUUCAAGAAGUUUUAAAGGAUAUUGACGAUACAUCACAAAAAGCGGAUCCUUCACUGGAUGAAAACAAGGGUAAAAAAGAGAACGCAGUUGUUAUAAGUUUAAAUAAUGAGAACGUAAAAGAUGACGAUUCGCAUGGCACGCAACAACAUGUGGUCAAGGAGGACGAAAACCUGGGUAAGUUACAUAUACAGGCAACGAGCAACAAAGAAAACAAAAAUGGAACAGAAGUAAAUACGGCGGGGGUUUCCAUAACAACGGAGAGCAAGGGGCUUCAAACGAAUGGCCUUAUGAAAGUUCUUUUGACCAAGUUACUUGGAAGCGACAUAAAAGAUGCAUUGAAAGAAAAGGAAUCAGAAGCGCUAAAGCCAACAGGUGGCCGAAGAAUUUCCUCUUCAUUAGAUAUGGCAUCCACAACUGCUGCUGGUACUUCUGUAGAAUCUCCUCCUGGAACAAUGAAAGGUGUGGACACAGCCGAAAUGAACAACAACGCAGGAGCAGUCAACAGUAUUGAGCCACCUUCAAUGCACCAGACUGGUCCUCAGUGCCUCGGAGGAGAGCCUGAACCGGACCUGUUGCCUACUACUGGAACAAGAAUUCCAGGAAAUCUUCGUCUACCAGGCGGGAGGGACUGCUCUCAGGGAAUGGAAAGUUUACCCUCUUCAAACGUAGCGUCGAGUUCACCGACAGGCAUGGUAAUUGAGUCUGCACCAGGAACACAGCAAGCAGUCGGAAACGGAAUGCCCCCUCCCGCCCAGGUGGUGCCAAAUCCGCCUCCCCUUGUUCCCUCUAACCAAAGAUUUGGCUCCACAACGCCAGCUGGGGUUGGUGUUGAAUCACCGCCUGGUACCAUUCAUGCGGUUGGUACCAGUAUUCCUGCAGAGGGCAUCAGUGAAUUAGGUGAUAAUGGAGCGUCAACAGGAGUUACUGGCGGGGUAGGGGGAAACAUUGGAGGUGGCAUCGGAGGCGCGGGGGGUAUGGUAGGAGCAGGCGGAACAAAUAUUGGAGUCGGAGGGGGAAAUAUAGGGGGUGGACUUGGUGUUGGAGCUGGAGGUAUGACUGGAGGAGGUGGCGGUGUUGGAGCUGGUGGAAUGGGUGGAGGCGGCGCUGUUGGAGCUGGUGGGAUGGCUGGAGGCGGUGGGAUGACAGGUGGAGGCAUGGUCGGGGGUGGCGGGAUGGUGGGUGGUGGCACGGUUGGAGGCGGCGGAAUGGCGGGUGGAGGCAUGCUCGGAGGCGGUGGGAUGACGGGUGGUGGUAUGGCUGGAGCCGGUGGGAUGACGGGUGGUGGCGGAAUGGUAGGAGGUGGUGCUGGCGGAAACGUGGGAGGGGUAGGAGGGGGUAUGGGAGGAAGUAUCGGAGGUGUGACUGGUGCUGGCGGGAACAUAGGUGGAGGGGUUGGGGUUGGAGUAGGAGGUGUUGGUGGAGGCAUGGGAGGAGGGGCGGGAGGGGGUAUCGGUGGAAUAGGUGGGGGUAUCGGUGGUAUUGGGACUGGCGGUGGAGUAGGUAUCGGGGGAGGCAUCGGUGGAGCUAAUAUGGGUGGAGCUGGAGCAGGAAUCGUAUUGGAUUUGGCGUUCUUGGUCGAUGGGUCUUCAGCUGUUGGAAACGAACAAAACUUCCAGCAGUUACUCAACUUCGUUAGCGCCGUGUCGCAUUCGUUCUCCAUCCAUCACGACAUGACUCGCGUCGGAGUUGUUGUUUUUUCUCUUGAGGCUUUUGUCAUCUUUAACUUUCACACAUACUUUGAUAUACAAAACAUCGAUCAAGCAUUGUCUUCUGUGCAAUAUCCUGGAACAGAUGGUCCAGGAACAUACAUAGGACGGGGUUUGCUCGUUGCAAAGCACUACCUCUUCAGUGCCUCAGGAAGAGGACAUGUGCCGAGAGCCAUUGUUCUUCUUGCUGCCGGAAGAUCUAUUGAUGAUGUUAUCACACCGUCUAUGGAUAUCAGGUCGAAUGGAGUGGAAAUGUUUUGCGUGGGUAUCGGCAACCUUUACAGUAAACUACAACUUCACGCAAUGGCAAGUUUUCCACACAGUGAACACAUUUUCAGGGGUGAUUACUCACAAAUGGGGCGAACUGCACAACAAGUAGUCACCAAAAUAUUAAAAGGCAUUUCUGUUCACUUCUGUCGACCCUGCUUUGACGGGCAUCAGGAACUGUGUGAUUACUGUCCAAGUGAAUUUCAAGAUGACGAUGAAGUGGAAGAGGGCUUCAAGCGUCACCAUCAUCAUCAUCAUAGGCAUGAUAAAGUCCACGUUCAACCGUUUGAUGGUGAGCGGAGACAUUCCAAGAGAAAACGACCCACUGCCAAAAUUAGUGGAGAUUAUGAAGUCAAGCAACUAGCUAUGGGCCGACAAAGACAUGAAGAGCAAAGCUAUAACGCUGACUCAUUUAGCAACACCAAUGAUGCCGUACACCCCACGACAAAUCCUGACACAGAUUAUUAUGGUGAAUACAAAUUUGAUGACGGAAAAAUGACCGUGGAAGACAAUGACUGCAAGGACUACUCAGAUGACUGCAACGACUAUGCAUCACGUGGUUUUUGCAGUGAGUAUGCUCCGACAGCCAGCAUAGGAACCAUAAACAUGAUGUGUAAGAGAGCAUGUGGUACAUGCUCAUCCAAUACAAUGCCCAAAGAAAAACAGGAUACGUACGAGCUUAGCGAAAGAGAUCCUUUUUAUAAGAAAGAAGAAAUUGAAAACGCCAAGGAUCAAAAACCGAACCACCUGAAGCACCGUUUAAAUAAACUGUAA